AUGUGUGCGGAACUACACCCCGUGCAUGGAGCCCUGAAGGUUUUUCAAUACAAGUCUCAUCAGGAACCUGUCAUUUGGGAGACCAAGGAAUGGCAAAGUAGUGAAUGGCGAUCUGUUAAUAUCACUGUGGAGAGUUCAGUCGAAUUCCAGGUGGGUUUUAAAGCUGUGAAAUCAGACAGCACAGUGCUUGGCUAUAUUGCCAUUGACGACAUUGUGUAUCAUCCUGGAGUGAACUGUCAUGGAGUUAGAACAGAUGAAGCUCUUUUGGGUUCCAAUUAUAUUGCUGGGAUAGUUGCUGGCGUGGUCACUGUUCUAGCUCUGGUGUUGUUUUUACUUUUGGGAAUUAUUUAUUGGGUUAUGAAGAACAGGAUCGGCCUUCCUGGAACUGCAAGUGAAUCCGGUCGGCACCUCGGGUUCGAUAACUUGUCCUACCGCAACCGGAACUAGGACUCAGCGAGGAGGAACCAGUUUGGGCGGUAGCAGAGCCACAGAAGCUGCUGGAGAGCCUGGAUGAACAUCUUCCAGCUCCACAGUUGUGUGCGCAAUACAAAUAAAAAUAUCUCUC